UUCUGAUUGCGGAUGACGUCCCCAAAGGUGGAGUCAACUUCCCAAAUUUGCUGAAAGAGAAAUCUGAUAAGGAAAAAUUGGGUAUAUUAUCAUGCAAUGAUAAUGUCUCUAUGGAUGAUGCUGUUUGGAUUAAUCUAACAUCAGGUAGUACGGGGAAACCAAAAUACUGCCCUUUGUCCCAUAGAUGCUUUAUACACAUGGCAAAGGCUUCCCAAAUGAGAAUUGGCCUUCCAAAAGGUAGUAUUAUGUUCAACGAUCGUCCAAUGUCAUGGAUGGGAGGCGUGGGAUCAUUUGCUAUUGCCCUCGCUGCUGAAACAACAAUAGUCACAAUUGAUGCAAAACAAACCGUACAGAAUUCGGGCCCUGAGACGUUCCUUCAGAUUAUUCAAGAGGAGAAAGUUACCUACACCGUUCUCAUGCCGUAUUUGAUGUAUGACAUCAUGAACAUGGAGACUGCAAAAAGAGCGAGUUAUAAUAUGUCCAAGUUGAAGAGUGUAAUGACGGGAGGUCAACGAAUUGAUCCUAAUCUCAUUGAGAAUAUCAAAAAGAUGCUUGGUGUUGGAAUAGUGAUUGGAUACGGUCUAACAGAGGGUGGCUUCAUCUCUUCCAUCUUCCCAAUAGCUGACUUCACAAAGCAACACCUCACUGUUGGCUAUGGGUCUCCAAAUGUAGAGAUUAGCAUUAGAGAUAAAGAUAACAAGAUCCUCCCUAUUAACACUCAGGGUGAAAUAUGCACCAGGGGGCC